CAGCCGCCAAACCAAGCUUCUCGGCCUCUUUUUGAGUGCUACCGCGUAACAAUAUUCUGGACUAGCGGAAGCAGUUCCCGAAAACAACGACCUUCAAAGCCUUAAGUUGAUGGUUCACGGUGCUCCGGCGCGCGCCGACUCGUCCCCGGCCCAUUGACACCACGGAUGAAGCGGCCGAAGACCCACACUACGGGGCCGGACCACUCGGCCAUCAACGACACGCGCCGAGAAGAUGUCGGCAACAGACCUUGGGUAGUACACGGUGCUGACAAAACACACGAUCUACCAAGUCUAAGCUGAAGCAUAUGAAGUUGAAUCGAAUUCGCUAUUCAGUAUAAAAUUGCCAACGCCUCACUCCCAUUCCAAUAGUCCCCUAUCCCGCCAUCCAGCCUCACCUUACAUCCCCAUCUCCAAAUAAUCAACCCAGCUCUCAAGAUGGCCUCUCACGCCACCAAAACACCAGACCCUGUCCCCCUCGAACUCAUCGAGAACCCAGCAGCCAAAGAUGCACCCUACUACACCCCAUCCCAAUCUCCCCCCUCCGGCACAGCCCUCCCAACAUCCUCCUCUCCCCUCCCAAAACUCUUCACGCCCCUCAAAAUCCGCUCCCUCACCCUCCAAAACCGCCUCUUCCUCGCUCCCCUCUGCCAAUACUCCGCCGACCCAACCGCCGGAAACCUCGCAACAGACUGGCAUCUAACCCACCUAGGCGGCAUCCUCCAACGCGGGCCCGGCCUCACCCUAAUGGAAUCCACCGCCGUCCUCCCGGAAGGCCGCAUAACCCCGCAAGACCUAGGCCUCUGGUCCGACGCCCAGAUCCCGCCCCUCCGCCGCAUCACCGACUUCGCCCACUCCCAAAACCAAAAAAUCGGGAUCCAGCUGAGUCACGCAGGCCGCAAAGCGAGCACCGUCGCCCCCUUCAUCCACGCCAACGCGACCUCGCCCCCUGAAGCACACGGCUGGCCAGAAAAAGUCUACGCACCCUCCGCACUGCGCUUCAACGACGCAUACCCCCUCCCCAAACCCCUAACCCUCCCGCAAAUCGAAUCCCUCAAAGAAGCCUUCGUCGCCGCCGCCCUCCGCGCAGUCCGCGCCGGCUUCGACGUCGUCGAAAUCCACGCCGCGCACGGCUACCUCCUCCACCAAUUUCUCAGCCCAAUCUCCAACGCCCGCGCCGACGCCUACGGCUCCUCCUCCUUCGAAACCCGCACCCGCCUCCUCCUCGAGAUCACCUCCCUCGUCCGCGCCGCGAUCCCCGAAGGGAUACCGCUCUUCGUCCGCAUCAGCGCGACGGAUUGGUUCGACGACAGGACGGACCUCGUCCCGCACAGCUGGACGCUCGCCGACUCGUGUAGGCUGGCGCCUUUACUCGCGGAGCGGGGCGUCGAUCUGCUGGACGUGAGCUCCGGCGGGAUUCAUCCGCUGCAGGCGACGAGUAUCAAGGGCGGACCCGGGUACCAGGCCGGUUUCGCAAAGGAGGUCAAAAAAGUUGUCGGGGAGAGCAUGCUUGUUUCGGCUGUGGGUGGGAUUAGUACGGGGACCAUGGCGGAGGGGUUCCUCCAGGAGGGGUUAGAUGUGAUUAUGUGCGGUCGGUGGUUCCAGAAGAAUCCCGGGUUGGUGUAUGCGUAUGCCGAUGAACUUGGGGCCAAUGUCAAGAUGGCGAACCAGAUUGGAUGGGGGUUCGGUGGACGCGGAAAGAGGAAGACAGAUGCGAGCGAUAAAGAAGAAAGUCUAUAGACACUGUUAGAUAGACCACAAUAGACGCGGGGAGAUUAGCCUACUGAUAACCCGACUUGCCAGAGAC